AUGAGUCAAUAUGAAUGCAGCACGAGUCAACUUGAUCAGAUUACAACGCCAGUAACUACUCCAUUGCCGACAGUAAUUCCGGCGGGAAAUGCAGAAGUUCUUGAUGUCUUUGAGAGAUACCCAACGCUUGCAGAUUUCUUGCGUCACCUCAUACCAGGCGCAUUCACCGCCGAUCGAUCAAUAACAGCCUUCUGUGUGCCCAUAGAAGUCCUCGGUCUUGUUUUAACCGCCGCGGUUCUACUCUACUGGUCACGAAGUCAGCGAGGCUUUCGUUGGAGUGAAAGACGGAGGAGAGGUGGUCUUCUUCGCUUAAUUGGACUCCUCUAUUGUCCCCUUCUCCUCCUCCAAACCACUACGAGUCUUCUAAUUGAUCUGGAUGGCAUUUGGGAAUUGAGGAUUCUUGCUACAAGUGGAGCUAGAGCACUAUGCCCCCUGAUUCAUAGUUUGAAUGUGUCAACGAGAGUUGCAGUCGCGUUGACGUUAAUUCUGAUUGUUUGGCGAACUCACCGAUUGACAAGGGACAAUUUAGGGAGUGGAACGUGUCUGGACGUGUGUAGUCAAUUUCCGUGUGAAAUGUAUCCGGCGUAUAUUGGCAUUCUUCUCGUCUCUUUUGUUGCCGGAUUGGUUGGCGUCAAUUUCUGGCAAGUAACCGCGCUUUCACCUCCUUCUACGACUGGGUCACCCAACGACUUGCAAUUGAUAUGCGUGCCUCAAAAUGGCUACAGGCUCGGGGUUCAGGUGAAUUUUCAAAAGGACACACCCUCUCCCCUUCUCUACGAGUGGAUACUCAAUAUGGCCGUCUUUGCGCCAACAACCUUCAUCGCCAUCAUGUGCACUCUGUCAUUCUCGAGGCGACUUCUCCAACUCCCGCCGUCUGUUAGUCAGGUUCUGGGCGAAUCGAGGAGAGAGGAAUGCUUGAUCAGAGCUCAACAGAAUCGUUUGAAGUUGGUGAUUGUAAUUUGUGGCCUCUACGGAUUGGCCAAUUUGCCUCUCGUAUCGGUGGUAUUUCUUGGCAUAAUGGCCACUCCUGGACCGCCUGACCUACUCGAUCAUGAGGCAAGUAUUUGGCCAUUAUAUAUAUAUAAUUAUAUCAAAUGGCAGGCGUCUUGA